UUUUUAUUAGUUGUUUUCCCCCCUUUCUCUGUAGCUACUAGCUAGCCCUAAUUUUAUUUUCCUCCAUAAAUUUUAAUCUUUUUUCAGUGUAUUGGGGAAAAAAAGAAAUUAAAAUCUUUCCUUCCUCUCUCUUCUCCCACCCCUGCGAUUCUUAUCUUGUCCUUUCUCUCUCUAGAAAAAAGAAAAAAAGAACUCCAACAAUGGAUCCGCUGCACAACCACAUCCCUCCCCUGCCGUGGGACCAACCCACUCCGACCGCUACUGUCGCCGCCGCUCCCUACCCCGUCGUCACUUUCCCUCACGCCGCCGGACUGCAGCCCCACAGCUAUGUUCCCCAGCAGUCUUUCCCCAACUUCGCCCCACCAGCUGGAGCAACCGCACUCCCAACAGAUCCUUCCCCUGCUUCAGCUCCAGCUCCAACUCCAACUCCGACAGCCGCUGCUGCUCAAGCUCCGGGUGGAUUACCCUCCAGCCUCCCUUCCUAUUCCAAGAUGAUUUUCACGGCGAUUGAGGCGUUGAAAGAACGCGACGGGUCAAGCAAGAGGGCGAUAUCGAAGUACAUCGACCAUGCUUAUCAUGGGCUACUUCCGCCGAACUACGGGGACCUGUUGGCUAACCAAUUGAAGCUUCUGAAGAGCAAAGGGCUGCUCGACAUGGUGAAAAAAUCUUACAAGAUAAGCGGAUCUGGUGGUGUCACCGCCAACAUCAACGACCUCCCAGACCUUACUCUCGAUUCUUCCCUUCAACCGCCCCCGCCGACGCAAGGCCCGCUUUCUCCUCCUUCUGUUGGGCCUAAAAGAGGCCGUGGCAGGCCUCCAAAGGCCAAGCCCACAACUGCCCCACAGCCUACUGUUGAAACUUUACUACCCAACGGCCAGGUUGCUCAGCCGGUGAGUGAUUCUCUGCCGCCGGGCUUCGUCGCCAACGGCCAGCCGGCGACAGGGCACUACCCUUCCUCUGGAGUCGACGUUAAUGUUAAUGUGGAGGAAGGUGUCCACGGAGCGACUCAGCCUGUCACGGUGCCUGUCGGACUGGCGGCGGAAGAUGGUACUGCUACUGCUACUGCUAAGAGAAGGCCAGGGCGUCCUCCUAAGAAGCCACUGGGGGUUGAUACUAGUGGGGUUGGGAUUGUGAAGAGGGGCAGAGGGAGGCCACCCAAGAGCGUUUUGGGUCUCGGGACGAAGAAGAGAAGUCCCGGGAGGCCCAGGAAGCCGAAACCUAAAACUGUCGCAGCUGUGUCUGGUGCUAAGAGGCGCCCUGGUCGCCCGCCUAAGAACCAGGCGAAUUCGGUUGCAGUUCCUUAUGCUAGCAUUGAAGCAGCGGCGCCUCUCAGUGUGCCGAGGCCAAGGGGUAGGCCAAGGAAGGGUACUGGCUCUAUUGCUGCAGGUGUUGGUGUUGGAGUGCUUGGACUAAAUGAUGGUGUCUUGGAGCCCAGGAGGAGCGGGAGGCCAGUUGGUCACCCAAAGAAGUACACGGAUGAAUCAGAUGCACUAGGCGAAGCAGAAUUCAGGAGGAAACUCGUGUUCUUUCAAUCACGGGUCAAGGAUGUUGCUGGCGUGCUGAGGCCAAUGCUGAGCAACGAUGCUCCCGAAAAAGUGGUCAAGGCUGUUGCAGAGCUGGAGAAGCUUGCGAAAAUAGACAUUGAGCAGGAACUGAAGGAGGAGAUCGUGUCGUUUAACCUGCAUGAUCUUGAUCUCGAUGCGGAGGCUGCGGUUGGCGAGAGUUAGGAAGAUUGUCGAUGUAUUCUUUGGCAAUGUGAAAAGGGAAGUGAAUGUGAUUAUCGUCAGUGAGUGAGUCGAUCCCUCCGCCGCAGACUUGUGUAAGGAGUUUUCUAACCCCUCCCCCUCAAGACAGGAAGCAGAAAGUACACCAUGUAGGGCUGUAGAUUAAGUGAGAGUUUAGGGUUGGUUAAGGACUAAUUGUUAUUUCCCCUGUGCAAAAGAAUGAGAGCGUUUGUAGGUUUUCCUUUUCGUUUUAAUUGAAGCAGAACAAUUGUGGGGUUUAAUUCUAGGUGAUGAGUGAUGACCAUGAUCGUGUUUGUUGUACCCUUUUGUUCUGUCUAGUAUUAACUGCUUUCGUAUUCUGUCCUCUCAGUAGUAGCGCAUGUGAUUUUACAGGUGAAUGCCCUUCAUUAGUUUUAUAACCAUGUUCGGAAUAAGCAUCUCUUGCCUUUAACCCCAAUUAUUUUAUGGAGCAGGAAGUUUCAGAAAUUCGGAAGUUGUGUUUUCCGAUGAUGUAUUGAGUUAAUUUAUUUAUUUGUAAAAU